GAGAGGGAGGGUACUCGAGUUCGCGAUUACGCACCUGCUCCUCAUACCACGUCCCUACCUGAACCUCCUGCGUUCAACCUGCGCGGCAUCGCCUCAUAGUCACUGGUAGAUAGGAUACCGGCAAACCUCCGCGCCCUCCCUCGCCUACUCUCGACUCUCGCUCUCUCCGACUACCUGUCAGUCCCGUUCUGGCGACCGCGAACCGGCCGGAACUUACCUCUGUCGCACCAAAGGUGCGCUCAGGUGAGCUAGAGCGAGGCAGUCACGGCACAGCAUCCAGCAGCAGCGCUACUAGCGGCAGCCGAACGGAAAGACUCCCAGGCAAGUCGCCCUGCCGCAUAGGUGUGCGCCGGUUCUCCCGUACGUGUGAGCUGUACGUGAGCUCGGUCUGCGCGUGGGUGUGAGCCGAGGAAGCCUACCUGGCGGCGUCCGAUACGCAGUAACCCGCGCGCCUCUCCGUGUCCUCCUGUGGCGAGAGCGUACCGCGAGAUAUUCUCGUCUGGAUGCUCCGGUUCCUCUGAUGUCGGUGACUCGGGAGCUAAAUCGACCUCUGGGAUAUCGACCUUGGGAGCACGUAGCCGUGCGCGUCGACGCUGCUUUCGCGGUUCACCGGUUGAGAGCGAACCGGGAGUAGUCGGAAGUGCGACUCAACAAGCGAGGGAUACGUUCCUUCGCCGCGUGCUGUGUACGUGUAAACGUGUGUUUACCUAUACGCGCGAGAACGGUGAAGAGAAGAAGGUGACUGAUACGCGGGAGGACCACUCGGAGUCCUCGUCCUCGUUGUCGAUGUCGUUGUCGGAGUGAGUGUGCUUGGAGAUGCGGAUAUUGCCGAUGAUCCAUAGAUCGUUGGUCAAUAAGUGAUCAUUUUGCUCGGAGGAGAUGCGACGGUGGCUCGUUGAAGGAAACUGAAAGGAAGGCCUGGAAGAAGGCUCCUACGUACGCGUGAGAGCCAGGUAUGCAUCCAACUACCGUUUGGACUAACCAGAGAAAACCAUAAACUUGAAGAAUUUUAUCAAUGUGAAGAAUCGAGGAACGAAGAAUGACCGGUGACGUCUCGACGACUUGAUACGCUCUUAAAUAGCGCAAUCGGCAUGUCGACCGACAUUGUGGUUACGUCGGCCUCGGCCACGGUCUCGGAGGAGACCAGCAGAGGUCGGGAUCUGGACCUUGGACCGUCUCCAAGGUCAGGACCCUCCUCCGCGGCUACGUCGUCCUCCAGUUCUGGCGCGGCGUCGACAUCGAGAGGGUACGAUCCGACUGGCGCUCUCGCCGCGUAUCACCAUCACCGUCAGGUGCUGGCUAGUCUCAGUCACGUUCAGCGAGGGGAGACGUCAGCCUUCGUGCCCGUGGUACCCUCGAGAUUACAUCUCACGCCUUACCCGGGCGAAAUGCACGCUCAUUUAUCCGGACCACCGCCGUCCUCCUCAUCGUCUACGAAUUCUGAACACGAAGUCGGACCUGAGUCCUCAGUAGCCAGGAAAAGCUCAUCCGAUUACGGAAUUAUGGCAAUGAUGGCCGAUAAAAGAAAGGAGUUGGCGGCAAGGGCACUCUUGCUACCACCACCUCCUCUUCUCGAGCCAUCCGGCUAUCCCGUGUUCGGUGGUCCCUAUGCUGCUGGUACCGGUCUGUAUCCUACGGGUGGACCUUUAGCCCACCAGCAUCUAGAUCGGAGAUUGCUCAGAGCACCCGGCAGAGCGUCCAGGCCGAAAAAGCAGUUCAUUUGUAAAUUUUGUAAUCGACAAUUCACGAAAUCGUACAACCUUCUUAUCCACGAAAGGACACAUACCGACGAGAGACCAUACUCCUGUGACAUUUGUGGCAAGGCAUUUAGGAGACAGGAUCAUCUUAGAGAUCACAGGUAUAUUCACAGUAAGGAAAAGCCCUUCAAAUGCGGCGAGUGCGGCAAAGGCUUCUGCCAAAGCCGCACUCUUGCGGUUCACAAGAUUCUGCACAUGGAGGAGUCUCCGCACAAAUGCCCGGUUUGUGCCAGGAGUUUCAACCAACGUAGCAAUCUGAAGACUCAUCUCCUCACACACACGGAUCACAAGCCGUACGAGUGCACGUCAUGCGGAAAAGUGUUUCGCAGGAACUGCGAUCUCAGGCGGCAUACGCUGACCCACGCCGUAGGCGAUGUCCCUCCCGAAGCGUUGGAAGAGGCGAUGCGGGGGGACGACGACAGUCCGGAGGAGGAUUGCCCUGAGCCAGGACCUUCGUCAUCCUCCUCGUCAACGUCCGCGACUAGUACAUCCGUACCUUCAGCGUCAUCGAGUUCCUCCGGGUAUCCUCCGCAGGGACCUUCGGCACCGUCAUCCGCACCCACGGCGCCAGCACCUGCGCCAUCAUUGCCGCAAAGACCCCAGCUACAAAUCAGGAGAGAUCUGUUGCCCACGGUGAAACCAUCAACGGUGACCAGCGGCGGUUCUGUGGCGCACUCAGUCAACCAGAACCCACCGGCUGCUCUCCCGCCGCCGACACCGCUCAUUCUGACGUCUUACCGACGAAGACUCGGCUCACCGGGUCCUUCCAGAGUGCUCUUGGAACUACAGGAGCGCGAGCGCGAGAGGGAACGGGAGAUCGAGCAGACCAGAGAGAGAGAACGUAACAGAGAACGCGAGAAGGAAGUUGCCAGACCACCUAGAGCGCCUACACCGCAGCCGCCACCUCCGCCCAGACCCGCGCCGGCACGUCAAGGCUUCACUAUCGCGGACAUAAUGCGUCGAUAGAAAGUUAAGACGCGACUUCGAUAGUCUUCCAUUUCAUAGACGGGGUUUGCGGGCGUUACAGUAGCGCGGUUACGUCAGCAUUACGCGAAAAAGAGAGUCGAUUUGUUCGAGGAGAACUAAGUGUUUCGAUACGAUAGUGCUCUCGCCAUACGAACAAGUUGAAUUUAGUACGAAGUAAAAACAGCCGUGACCUCGACGGAAUCUCCGAAUUUCUACCUUGCCUACGUGCACAAUUCUAAAAUAGUUGGACUACUAAACCCGGAACAUAAUCCUCUCAAAUAUGGUUGAAUGGUCACGUUUCAAUUUCCAACAAUAAGACCAACCUUAAGGAAAACGAGGCGGUUAACACGUCGAUUCCCACGAUAGCCGGCGUAGACUGACGUCAAUGAGACGCGUAUCUUUUUUUGUAACUUAUAUAAGCGACUGCAUUUGUCGAAUCAGGACUUUUAAUACGAAAUUUUUAUUAAAAAACGCAACCAAAUUGAAAACAAUUGAUUAUACGAUAAAUUAACUAAAUUAAAAACAAAAAGACGAGAUAAGAUAUAAACAUACUCGUAUGUUGAGAGUCUCAUUUGUUUUCAAAUUAUAUCCGUUUAAACUCGAACUUGAAUGAAAUUAUCAAGCAUUCGGUGGAAUUGAUAUGUCAAUAGGUAUGCCAAAAAUGUACCUCAGCCUCGCCCGCGAGAUUGUUCGCCGAAUCAAUUCGUUCCCGCGAUCGCGACCGCGGUAACGACGUAGAACAGUAAAAACGAGUACAGAAAGUGUCAGGAAGAGGAAAAGAUACGGUCUUGCGGAGAGAACUCGCCGGCAGACCAUAUUCUUUUGUCCUCGCAUACGGUCGUCGCGGAGACACGGUGGGGAUUAAUGCAAAUUUUGUGCCCGGGAUAAUAACCCGUGCCACCGUCGCCACAGUGGCAGGUGCAGUACACGGUUUUGUACCUGCUCGAUCCGCGCGGCCGUGCGGAAUGGCCCGCUCCCGGCUUCUGCUCCCGCGCUUUCUCCCUUCUAAAAAUAUUCCGUCUCUAGACGAAUGCCAUCGAUAUUCUUUUUCUUCCUCAACUUCCCCUUAGCUCCCCUCAGUCGCGCCGCCCUCGCAUCCAUCCACCUACUCACCGGUCGCGGAAGAGGAGCAUUAAUGGUCCUUUUGUGAAACCCGAAUUGUACGCCGUUCGACCGCAGUGGACGAUCCUUUUGGCCUAUGCGCAGGCACACAAAGGUGUGCCUUCUCUUCGGUGGAUCUCAAAGCAAUCUCCAUGCGUGCGAGCGAGCGAGUGAGUGAGCGAGAGAGAGAGAGAGAGAGAGAGAGAGAGAGAGAGAGAGAGAGAGAGAGAGA